CUCUCUCUGUCUGCUCUCUUUCUCUCUCUCUGUCUGCUCUCCCUCUGCCUGCUCUCUCUCGUUCUCUUGCUCUCUCACUCUGAGUCCAUUCUGCUAUCGGGUGUGUGUGAUUAAACUUUCUCUCCCUCUCUCAGACCCUUUCCCUCUCUCUCUCUGUUCCCUCUCUCUGUCUGUUCCCUCCCCUCUCAGAUUGCUCUGUUUACUCAGAGCGGCUGUCGUCGAGUGAGUGUCAGCCAUGUCGUCUCUGGGUGCCUCGUUUGUCCAGAUAAAACAUGAGGACCUGCGGUUCUAUGAGAACUGUGGAGGGGGCAGCUUUGGGACUGUGUACCGAGCUCACUGGAUAUCUCAGGAUAAAGAGGUCGCUGUGAAGAAACUACUCAAGAUUGAGACUGAGGCUGAGAUUCUGAGUAUUCUCAGUCAUAAGAACAUCAUUCAGUUCUAUGGAGCUGUACUGGAGUCCCCCAACUAUGGAAUCGUCACAGAGUAUGCAGGCGGAGGUUCUCUGUAUGAGUACCUGUCCAGUGAGCAGAGUAAGGAGAUGGACAUGGAACAGAUCAUGACCUGGGCCGUGGAGAUAGCCAAAGGAAUGCACUAUCUUCAUUCGGAAGCCCCAGUCAAAGUCAUUCACAGAGACCUCAAGUCACGAAACGUGGUACUGACAGCAGACAAAGUGCUCAAGGUACAUACAAUCUGUGAUUUUGGAGCGUCUAAGUUCCAGUCCCACACCACCCACAUGACAGUGGUGGGCACCUUCCCCUGGAUGGCCCCAGAAGUCAUACAGAGCCUACCUGUAUCAGAGACCUGUGAUACCUACUCCUACGGAGUGGUGCUAUGGGAAAUGCUGACACGGGAGGUUCCCUUUAAAGGCUUCGAGGGGCUGCAGGUGGCUUGGCUGGUGGUGGAGAAACAAGAGAGGCUGACCAUCCCCACCAGUUGUCCGCCAAGCUUCGCUGACCUGAUGAAGAGAUGCUGGCAGGCUGAACCAAAGGAGCGUCCGGUGUUUAAGCAGGUGUUGGGGACUCUGGAGACCAUGUCUAAUGACAGCAGACUACCAGACCAGUGUAACUCAUUCCUACACAACAAGGACCAGUGGAGGUGUGAGAUAGAUGCUACGUUGGAGAGGUUGCGGAGGCUGGAGAGAGACCUGGGCACUAAAGAGAAGGAGCUGGAGGAGAGAGAGCAAAGACUGAAACUGUGGGAGGAGAGACUGAUGGAGAGGUCCAAUGUGACACCUUUCUUCUCCCCUAUAGCAUCAGGCAUCAGUUCGGAGUUGUUCUUCCACUCUCAGUCUCAGGAGUCCAACAACGCCAAGACAUCCUGCCUCAUCCGAACCCUCAGCAAUGGAGAGAAGGACAGGGGGAUGGAGGGAGGGAUGGACAGGGGGAUAGGGGGGUUCCAGUCCAUGCUUAGAGGCUUAUCAAGCAGUCUUGGGGAGGCAGCUGGGGAUGGAGGGUUGGAGGUAACCUGGGGAGAGAGAGAGAAGGAGAGGGGGACUGAGGGAGGGAUAGUUGGGGGGUGUCUGGCGCUAGGGGAGGAGGGGCGUUUACAGAUAAUGCUAAAGGGGUUCCAGGGUGGGAUUGGAGAGGUAGAGGGGGAGACUGUGGAGGGGGGGAGUAUGGAGGGAGGGAGGCUACAGUCCAUGUUUAGGGAGCUGAGUAGGGGCAGUUUGUUCAGGGACAUGCUAUCUUUAGCUGAUAUUGAGGGGGUAGAGGGGGUAGGUGACAUGGACAUGAACAUGGGGGAGAUAGGUGACCUGGGGGUGGUAGUGGUCAGGGGGGAUACGGCUGGGGUCAUAAGUCAUAAGGUCAGGAGUGAGUUAGGGGUCAGAGGUCAGGGGGUGAGGUCGGGAGUACAGAUGAGCAUGUGGACAACGUCCAAUCAGAACUCUUCUAAGACUUGCAGCAUGCGACAGGGAACCAAAAUCAAUAUGGCCGCCACCGCUGAGGCGUUAGACAUGAACGUGAUGGAGCUGAGCUGGUCUGACCACGACAGUGACUAGGAGAACACACAAACACACAGGGAUACUGGGAAGGUACACACACACACCACACACACAAUUUUGUUUUUGUUACGUCAUUAUUUUAUUUUUUAAUUGAAGCCAAAGUUAUCCACCCCCUGUUGUGAGGACUUUAGGGGAUAAUAGUGAAGAAUUGUCAGCAGUGUGGAUUUCCUCCUGCUAACUGUCAUGUUAUUCUGGUGUAUUGAAGCCUUUAAAGUGGUAUGCAACUGAUGUGCCAUAUUAACAAGUGUUACAUAGACCAGAGAGCAGUUUGUGGAAGCUAGGACUCCAGUCCAGGGUACCAUCCAAUGUUCUAUGCUUUUAGACCAUUGAUCCAGUUCAUUCGUUCAAAACUAAACUUUGAAUUCAAUUCAAUUCUUACUGUGAUCAAAUGGAUUCUUACUGUGAUCAAAUGGAUCCUUACCGUGAUCAAAUGGAUUCUUACCGUGAUCAAAUGAUCCUUACUGUGAUCAAAUGUGUAAAACUAUUUUGCAGCUCCCUUCUCUUUAUAUAUUGUAUUGUUUUUCAAUAAAUUCAGAAAAGUACUGAUAUUUUCAUUUAA